AGCUGUCUCUGAGCCCUAAACAACACACAAAGAUGAUGUGCACAUUCAGGGUUUGCCUCUGCUGGCCUACCCUACUUUCUUUGUUCUCCAUCCCAAGACUGAGCACUGCUUUGGGAUCAAACAUAACUCUAGGACCAUCUCAAAGAUCUUCUUGCAAACCAGGUUUUUACUGUCCGGGGGAAGAUCAGGGUCCAUUUCCAUGUCCCAGAGGAACAUUUGGGCCAAGUUUUUGGGCCACGACAGUAAACAGUUGUAUCAGUUGCCCAAUACAUCACUAUGGACCUAGAGAAGGUUUGAGCAAUUGCUUUCCUUGUGGGCCCUGGUCACAGCAGCCUCUCCCUGGACAAGACUGCUGUACAUGUCUACAAGAAGGGCAAGUCUUCCAGGCUAGUGACGGGCAGUGUCCAUGCACUUUGGGAUAUCGCUCCACACAAAAAGGAGAUGCCUGUGCAUUGAAGGUCUAUGAGAUCUGCAAAGAUGGGAGAACACGUAACCAGCAUGGGGAGUGUCUAGAUCACAAGCAAUGGAAGCAGUAUUGCUCCCAGCAGGUAUGUCCAUCUCCUGAGCUGUAUGAGGGCUAUGAUGGCUCCUUGGGCCUGUGUGCAUGCAGAGAGCUGUCCAGGCCUGAGCCAGAGAGGGUUGAGUGCGUGGGGUGGUGCCAGGGCAUACAGAGUCCAGUUCUGCAGCUGGUUUGCACCGGAAGCCUUUACCUACUCUACACUGAGUCUAAUCAACAGAUGAGCAUGUCGGGAAGCAUGCUGGAGACUGUUCUUAAACACUGGGAUUCCCAUAGGAGCUUGGAAUGCAAUGUGCAGCACAACUUCUCCAGGCCUGUGUACACACUGCAAACAGGGGAGACAGGCUUCUUUGGUCUGAUCAGGGCAGUCCCGGUAGAGGUCCGGAGAUUGAUUAUGGCACGUAGCACCUCUGAGCUCCCAAAUACACACAGUAUUGCUGAAGAAAACAGAGUAAACAUCAAAAACAAGGAGGAAGAAUGGGGCUCUCACUGGUCUAUCAAAUCGUCAGCAUUCAGUGCAUCUGACAAACGGCCUGAAGGAGUCUUGAACCCAACAGCAUGUCUACAUCCAGGAGACAUUCUUCUCUUUACUGUGACCCAACAACAUUACCCUCAGUAUGAUAUAGACAACUUGUACAACACUAAUGCUGCCUUUGAUUGGGGAGCUUUCAGAUUACUGGCGCACAGCCAGAAACUGGCAAAAUCUGCCCACUCCCUGUUCUCCAUAAAUCUCAAUGAGCCUGGGGUGUAUGUUUUCAAACUCAGCAGCCACCAACACAGGCACAUGUAUGUUAGAGUAGUUCCUGCUGGCGGCGAGUGCUAUGACACUGGACCAUUCUUCCCUUCUGACCCACAUCAUUUGACUCGCAUGGGCAUCGCCCAGAGACGCCAACUUCCACUCCGCCCAGAUUGGCUGAUGAUUGGUGGGCUUUUAGUAGGGGCUGUGGUAGUCCUUUGCUUGUGUGUAACAAUACUGAUUGUGUUCAGGAAAUACGGCUGGCCAGAGAAGCAGCCAGCUCAUGCUAAAUACCGUGCACUGCAGCUCAGGUACAACAUGGAUGACUAUUCAUCGAAGGGUUCCAGGGUGGUGGCUGUGAAAAAAACACAUCGAAACCUGCUGAUGGGGUUGACAGAGGACUCAAUGCAGAGAGCAGUGGCUCUGGUGUCAAACGACUUCUGGGAUUAUGAAAAGCAAGUGGAUCUUGAAGCCUUCAGUUCAAGUACUUUCUAUGAUAUCCUGCUCAAGCACAGUGUGUCCGUCACAUCACGUCUCGGACAGCUGAGAGGAGAGGUGAAGCUGCUCUACCAGGGGGUGCUGGGGAAGUUGAGAGAGCUCCACCCAGGCUGGAGGAUGCUGGGGGGGAAAACCGAGGGUUUGGAGAGACAGGUGGAACAAGAGAUGUUCCGGAGGAGAGCAUUGGCGAAUCAACUGGGACAGCUACUUGACAGUCAGAUUCAGAUCCUGCGUGUGGAGGCAAAAGCACAGCAGACCAUGCAAAAGUCCUUCAGAGCGCCUCUGAGGGAGUGCAUUAGACUUCUAAGGCUGCUCUCUGAGGGCCAGACGUCACUCUGGGAUAAACACAUUAAGCAACACAAAGACCACUAUUCAGAGACGCUUUAAAGGAGGAGAUAAUUCCAAAUGGGAAAUAUUGCAUGCCUUCCAUUGCCUGACAGUCCCAGAGAACUGGAAAACAGCUAGCAUUCCAACAGCAGCACUCCAAGCUGUGAAGAAACUGCGCCAGUUCUACAAUAUUGAAGAUGAAGACAAAUUGCAGACAGAAUUGAAGGUCUUCCAUACGUCAUACUCAUGCCCACCACCAGCCAAUGUGUCUUCUAUUCUGUCAGUGGUCAAGGAAACCAAUGCACAUCUAGUUUUCCCCAACAUGACUCUGCUGCUGAAGACAUAUGGCACACUUCCGGUAUCCACAGCAACUGUGGAACGUUCCUUCUCAAAACCGAAGCUUGUGAAAACCAAACUUCGCAGCCUUUGCAAAGAGGAGAGAUUGUCUGACCUUCUUCUGUUGGCCAUUGAGAAGGACAUUCCAAUAAAUGACAAUAAUGUCAUUAACAUUUUUAGGGACAUGGCCAACAGGAAAUUUCUGUUAUAAAAGUCUACAACAACUCAUCAACACUUAUUGCUCUUGGUGUGCAGCAGCCUCUGUGAGCAUCUCCCUCUUAUUUUCUUGGAGCAGUCAGCCUUGGCUGUCUCUCAGAUCAACUCAGUAUUAGCAGCAGCAACAACAACAGCAAAGGCAGCAUACUCACUCAAGGAAUUUAGUAAGAUUUUACCAGAAC